AUGACCAUCACCACUAUGCUGACGCUGGCUGCGCUCUUCAACAUGGUCGAGAUGCACUCGCCGUCGUCGUCCUACAUCAAGGCCAUUGACAUAUGGAUGGUCGUGUGCUACUCAUUUGUAUUCGUCGCCGUCGUCCACUGCCUGGUCGAUAUCCGGUUGCACUUUAUCGAUUCGCAGGCAUACAAGCACGAGGCGCUCGGCUUCCUGGCGCCCGUGUCGGUGGCGCUGGUCGAGAACCGCCAGGUGUUCGACGACCUGUUCGGCGCGCCCGACGACGAGCCCGAAGCCGCGCCGUCCGACUACUUCGACGCACCAAGUCGGGCCUACCUGCCGGAGCACCGGCGCGAUUUCUACGCACCACCCAAGCCCACCGGGCGCCGCCGGGCAACGGUCAGCUUCUCCGUUGACUCGCAGACCGACGACAUGGCCGCCGCCGUCGCCGCCGCCGCCUCCUCGUCCUCCUCCACGCCGCUCGGGCGCGACCAAGGGGACGAGCGCGACAAGCGCUGGGGUCACGUGGCCGUUGUCUUCGAGAAGACGUCGCUGAUCGUGUACCCAGCCGCCUUCGUGCUGUUCAACAUCUGCUACUGGGCCUACUACCUGAACGCGGCGCGGCCGCCGCAUCUCCUGGCGGCCGAAAUGGCGGCCGGCUUCACACCGCGGCCGAGUGUCGGUCGUCUCACGACGCACGGCAACCACUGA